AUGGCUUCUAUUAGCCAAUCCCUGCUUGUGCUUGUUCUAGCCACUUUCCUCACAUUUAUGGUCCCUUCCAAUGCACACCUCAGUGCUAAUUUCUAUGACAAAGUUUGUCCCAAGGCAUUACCAAUCAUAAGAUCAGUUGUUCAGCGAGCAAUUAGUCGUGAACAACGCAUUGGAGCAUCACUGCUGCGUCUGCAUUUCCAUGACUGCUUUGUUAAUGGAUGUGAUGGAUCAGUUCUGUUAGAUGACACAAGGAACUUCACAGGCGAGAAAACAGCCCUACCAAAUCUAAACUCCAUAAGAGGGUUUGAAGUGGUUGAUGAGAUUAAGGAAGCAGUUGACAAAGCUUGCAAAGGCCAUGUCGUUUCAUGUGCUGAUAUCUUAGCAACAGCUGCUCGAGAUUCUGUCGCCAUCUUGGGAGGUCGAAACCUAUGGUACUCUGUAUUACUAGGCAGAAGAGACGCAAGAACUGCAAGCAAAGAUGCUGCAAACACCAACCUUCCCGCUCCAUUUUUCAGCUUCUCACAGCUUCUCAGAAGUUUCAAAUCUCACGGAAUGAACCUCAAGGAUUUAGUGGCACUCUCUGGAGGGCACACCAUAGGGUUUGCAAGGUGUAGCACCUUCAGAGACCGCAUCUACAACGACACCAACAUUAACCCUACUUUUGCAGCGUCUUUGCGCAGAACAUGCCCUAGAGUUGGUGGUGAUAGCAACUUGGCUCCAUUGGACCCAACCCCUGAAAAUGUUGACACUUCAUACUUCAAGGAAUUGCUCUGCAAAAAGGGUCUCCUUCACUCUGACCAAGAACUCUAUAAGGGGGAUGACAGUGAGAGUGACAAGCUGGUGAAGCUUUAUAGCAUGAACCCUUUCGCAUUUGCUAACGAUUUUAAGGCUUCCAUGAUCAAGAUGGGGAACUUGAAGCCUCUCACCGGCAGAAAGGGAGAGAUCAGACGCAAUUGCAGAAGGGUUAACUAAUGCUGCAUCCAUCUUUCUGUGAUAAAGAUUCAAAGAUUGAGAAAUUGUUAUUAUAAUAUGUCAUGCGUGUGUGUUUUUAAACUGUCUGAGAUUAUGUUUUUUUAUGUUUUCUUCUUGUUAAGAUUAACGUGUUAGGUUCAAAGAUUUGAACCAUAAACAAACCUUCUAAAUUUAUGCAACAAUUUGUACUUUCUGAAUUCGUGCAGAGUGAAUCACC